AUGGCCGAGGGCGCUGCGGCGAUGGCGUACAAGCCCCCUCCCGCUGCAGACGGCUCACCUCGCGCCGUGGUGCCUUGCGUCCGCCUGGGGGUGCUUAUGGCGGGGGCCUUUCCGUCCAACGGCGCGGAGAUCGAUCCUACCUAUGCUGCGGCGCUCGACGCGACGAUCAAAGCCUUUGGAGACGCAGGUGUGUAUGUCUUCCUGGACCUACACCAGGAUGCGUGCGCCACCACGAAUGGGGGAGAAGGACUCCCCUGGUGGGUGACGGCUGACAUGCAAGAGCGCGCGGGCUGCUGCCUGGAGCAGUGCUGCUGCUGUUGCUGCUUCUCUGGCAGCUGCUGGUCCUGCUGCCCGGAGCGCUGCCGUACAUCCUACAUCGCCUCGCCGUCGCAUCCUCUCACACCUUGCUGCCUCCCGAACUGCCUCAUGAGUUGCUGUGGCCUGGGGAUUACUACCUAUGAUGGUGAUGCAGAGCCUUGGCUGGCAUUCUCGGUCCAGGACAAGGGAGCCAACCCUGACUUCAUGAAUGCUGGCAAUGCGAGCAUGCGGCAAAACAACUCCGACAGCACCUGGAGUCGUCUGGUCACCACUGCGCAGCUGCAGAACACAAUGCCGAGGAUCUAUGCGUCCCCGGAGAACAGCGCAGAUAGGGCGCUCUACUUCGAGCCAUACAUGAUGCUGGUGCGGCAUCUCUGCGGGGUGUGGGACAAGCAUGCGAAUGUCAUCGCGGUGGAGCUGAUGAACGAGCCGCCGCUGGGUGGUCUGCCAAAUCUCUGCAGCACCCUGACGAUCUGGCGUCAAAUCCUGGGCUUUUACGGCCACGUGCUGGCGGAGCUGGAUAAGGAUCCCCGCAUCAAGAGCCCCAUCGCCAUCGACAACUUCAGCAGCACGAUUCCCGGUGAGGCAUGCGAGAUAUCGUGCUUGGCCUGCUCGGGCACGCCCAGCGCGGCUAUGAAGCAAUUCCAGUCCUACGCCGAGCGAAACCGCCUGAUCUUGUCCUUCCACUACUACGCCCCUCCGGCCAAUGUCAGCUGGGAGAAGAUGGUCGAGCUAGCCAAGGCAAAUGCCCAGAAGCUGGGUGGCGUCCCUGUCUGGCUCAGCGAGUAUUGGGAGGCAUCGGCGCAGGAGAUGGCAGACAAGCUCGCGCUCAGCACGGAUCUGGGAGUGCCGGCCACGACCUACUGGCAAUAUGCGGACACGACCUACACGCAGACCGAAGGAUGGUACAUGUACGACGAAGCCGUGCUCAGCGCGGGUGGCGUCCCAGUUAGCUCCAGUGGAGUCAUCAACGACAAGUCUUGGCCGACCUACCAGCAGACGGUGAGGGACGGCACGUUCUUUGGAGCCAGCAUCACUGGAGCGGAAGGCGCCCAAGAGGGAGUGCUGCGGCUGGUACCCGCGGACAGCCAACUGGAAUCCAGGCGGGGCCAGGCAAAGCGCUGGCCCGACUACGCGAAAACCUUCCUGCACAAAGUCAGGAGGCAUCUUGCGGCCAAGUGA